AUUGUGGUAUCGAAUUUUGUUGAAAAUUUUAAAAUAGAUUAUGAACCGUAUAGACGUUGGGUGUUGAAGAAUGGGCGAACCCGAGCAGUGGCAAAGUUAUAGCAGAAGAGAAGAGAAGAGAGGAAGAGAGGAAGAGGAAAUUUGCAGAAAAGACGAAGUCCUUUAAUGGUAUUAAAUUGAGUGAGGAUUAAAAUGUGUUGAAAAUAGGAGAGUUUGGUUUGAGAAAGUAGUGAGUGAGAUGAGGAAUGAAAGGAGGUGUGAUUCGAAGCAAAAGUAUGUGUUCCUUAAGGUUGCGGUGUCGUGUCUCUUGGUGGGUGUCGCUAUUCGCAUCCUCUUGGCGGAUUCAUUCAGCAGCUUCACCUUGUUAUCUGUGGUGCACACACACACACCUUCUCCAAUUCCUUCUUUUCCCUCUCCGCCUCCUCAUUCUCUUCCUUCUCCCAAUCCUAAUCCUAAACAUUUAGAUGCAGUGAAGUGUGAUCUGUUUGUGGGAGAUUGGGUGGCCGACCCAUCUGCUCCAAUGUACACCAAUGAUAGCUGCCGUGUGAUGGAUGCUCAUCAAAAUUGCAUCACCAAUGGACGGCCUGAUUCCGGCUACCUUUAUUGGAGAUGGAAUCCAAGGGGUUGUCAAUUACCCAAGUUCAGUCCAAACAAAUUCCUUCACAUUAUGAGGGAUAAAUCAUGGGCCUUUAUUGGUGAUUCCAUCUCUCGCAACCAUGUGGAAUCGCUACUUUGCAUUCUCUCUCAGGUACAAUAUUACUUUCUUCUGCUCACGUACCUUCUCAUUCAUAUUCUUGCUUUCUCUAAGAUCGUCUCAAUUGUCCUCUUCGCUGGCUUGUUAAAUCAUAAGAAAUUUAAAUCAUAAAAUGCUUCUUCGUGUCUCUUUUUUCUUUUCUAUGUUACAAUAAAAGCCACCUCUAGUUGCCACACCCGGUGUAGUUCAUGCUGUUAUUUCGCCUAAUUAGUUGCAUAGAUUGUUGGUGCUAGUUUAUAGUUGAUCAUGAAGCAUGCUUACAGCUAAUAAGUAAUCAUUUGUAAGAGUACUUCAAAUUUUAAUUUAUGAGAUUGCACUGCAAAUGUCUUUUUAAGGAUAGUGAUAUGUCUCUAUUGAUAAAGUUGUAGAAGUAGGAUUGUGGAAAACAGCUUGUGUUUGUGUGGUUGGUCCACUGCUUCCAUGAUAGUUUGGUGUCUAUACUCAAACAACUUUACCCACCUCAAUUUGGAAGUACUUA